AUGAGGGGCUUUACAUCUUUGGCUGCAAUGGCAGCUGUUGUGAAUGUGGGAUCCGGCCAUGUUGUGCCUCUCCACUCAAUGCACACAUCUUCAUUGGCAUCCCACGCCUCUCAGGUGUCACAGAAGCCACAUGUGUCGCAGGCCGCGCAUGUAUCAGAAGGGGUGCAGACACCACAUACAUCACAGACAUCGUGCACAUCGCAUGUCACUCACGGCUCCCACAAGUCGCCACCGUCGCAUGGUGCACUGUCGCCCCCUGAUGACGGCCCCUCAAUGGAAGACUUCCCUUUUGAUUGGGCCCUUGCUUCUUCACUCGCUGGGAUCACUGGUCCACCACCUAGCGCCACCGUCCAUGAAUAUGUGACAAAUCCGCACCCAUCAGUGAAAGGGACGGGGACGACUGAAAGUGGUUCCUCUUCAGCUGCCAGACCGACAGAGCCAUCCAGCGGUGCUCAUGUAAGGCCCAGCUCAAUGGUCACAAGGGCUAGCUCGAUGACUACCGACUCAGCCUCCACUUCAAUCAGCCAGAGCUCUACCGAUAUCACGCGUCCGGCUUCCAAGGCUUCGACCAACUCUCCCAAACACAGCACCAUCUCACUCAAGAGCAGUGUGCCAUCAUCUACUGCCGACGCAUCACCACUCCGGGACCAAAGCCAAUCUCCUGUCACGAAGACAUGUGCCAAACCUGCAAGCAAGUCGUCAGGGCCGUAUUGGUUUGAUCAACAGGACCACAAUCAGCACGGUGCUGGAUUCGCACCCUAUGCGAAGACAGGCAAUUAUCCCGUCUACCGUAAUGUGAUGGACUACUCUGUCGUCAACGAUGGAACUGGAGACCAGACUGCCAGGUUACAGAAAGCGAUCGAUGACGAUGGUGCCGGUGGUACUCGCAAAGGCCAAGGUGUGGGCCGCUACCCUGCCCAGGUCUAUCUACCUGGAGGCGUCUACCAGAUUGGAAAAACCAUUGAUCUCACAGUCGGCACGAUCAUUGUCGGCGAUCCAAACAACCCACCAGUUAUCAAGGCUUCCAAAGGAUUUGAUGGCGAAUAUCUCGUCAUGGGAUAUGACUCGCAUGCAGGACAGCCAGAAACGUCUUUCGCCAUCGUUCUCAAGAAUGUCAUUUUGGAUACAACUGCCCUGGAUCCCGACAGAAAAAUCACUGCACUUCAAUGGGGUGUUGCACAGGGAUCUGGCUUGACAAACAUUCAAAUUCGUAUGCCCACUACUUCCGUCGGACAUGUUGGUAUUGAUAUCAAGGCCGGCUCGACCAUUGCGGUAACGGAUGUGGAUAUCACCGGUGGUGCCAUUGGUAUCCAGAACUCUAACCAGCAGGUUAACUUCAAAAACAUUUCUUUCAAGUCUUGUGGUACAGGUUUCUCUGCCGUUGGCGGUUGGACAGUGCUGCUCCAACAUGCAACGUUCUCCGGCUGCGGCACAGGCAUUGAUAUGACAAGCAAUGGCCUGGGUAGUAUGGUGCUGUUGGACUCUAUUGCUGUCAACACUGGUCCCGUCGUCCGGUUCUACGACUCUUCCAAGGAUUCUGGCCACCAGAACAGCCAGUUCUUGAUCCAAAACUUGCAGCAUGAUACCGGCAACGCGAUCGCAGUCGAUGUCAAUGGAAAUGUGAAGUUAGCCGCAACUCCUCACGUUGACACCUGGGUCUGGGGAACUGUCGUCCCCGAGAAGUACGAAACCGGUGCAAGCUGGGCGACCAAGCGCCCGGCGGCUUUGCUUGUCAAUGACAAAUAUUUCAUCAAAGCGCAGCCAACGUACGAAGAGUAUACGAAAGAAGAUGUCGUUAACGUCAAGCUUGUCUCUGCUCAUCCAGUGAACGGUGAUGGCCAGACCGAUGAUACAGAGAGUCUGAAUGCUAUUCUGGCUCAAAAUGCUGAAUCUUGCAAAGUGACGUAUAUCCCCUAUGGUGUUUACCGCGUGUCGGACACCGUCUUUGUCCCCGUCGGAACCCGGAUUGUCGGAGAGGCAUGGUCUGUCAUCUCUGGAUACGGUUCUAAGUUCAAGGAUUCGGCCAACCCACGACCAGUGGUACAACUUGGUAACCCCGGUGAUGUCGGUCUAAUCGAGAUUCAAGAUAUGCGAUUCUCGGUCGGCGAGAUUCUCCCUGGAGCCAAGAUCAUCGAGAUCAAUGCCGCCGGAAGCGAGCCUGGUGAUGUCGGUCUAUGGAACACCAUGGCACUUGUUGGCGGUACCGCCGAUACCAGCGUUACCACCACCUGCACUUCCCAGGACCCGAAGAACUGCAUGGCCGCCUUCAUGGUUAUGCACCUGACCGAGAGCUCCUCUGCGUAUAUUGAGAACUUCUGGGGUUGGACCGCAGACCAUAACCUGGACAGCGAAUCCCUGCUCACCAUCAUCUCCACUGGGCGUGGUAUUCUCGUUGAGGCGACCAAGGGCACAUGGCUGACCGGUACCGGUUCUGAACAUCACUGGCUUUACAACUACAACUUCCACAAGGCCCAGAAUGUGUUCGCGGGCCUCCUCCAAACGGAGAGUCCUUAUAUGCAGGGACAGGGAGAGUACCAGGCCGCGCCAGCGCCUUGGACCGCAAUCGCCAAGUACGGCGACCCUGAUUUCUCAUGGUGUGGAGCAGAUGACCAGAAGUGCCGUAGCGCUCUUGCUACCAACAUCGAUGGUGGAUCUGACCUUGCUCUCUACAAUUCUGCCGCCUGGGCCUUCUUUGAUGGCUAUUGGAACGGCUUGUACAACGAGCCCUGCAAUGGCAAUUGCCAGUCAAACAUGAUGCGGGUGACGAAUGACCCUGUAAACCUUGUGUGGUAUUCAAUCAGCACCCGCAUGACCGACGUAAUGGUCCUCGACGGGAGGACCAACCCUCGCGAGUCGAACCACCAAGGUGGGUGGGAGGGUAUAAUCCAGGUUUAUGGCGAGUUCACGGCUUGA